AUGGCAUCCAUUGCUCGUCCCACGAUGGUAUCCAAUCCUUCGUCUCAGUCAGAGGUGUCAUCACCUCCUCCCUCUCCCGUGGAGACUGCCACCCCGUCCUCACCCACCGCAGCUCGGCAGAAUGAGAAACAGACACUAGUCGAUCACCACCACUCCCAACGUCAGCAGCAGCCGUUACUAGGCAUCGACACUACUGUUACUCCAGCUACAGAGGCCGAAAUCGUUGUCAAGACUCCUACCAACCGCCCAAGGCUGCCUGGUCGGCAGGAGACACCUCCUUCACCUCCGAAUUCAGUGGUGUUGGGCCCGUCACCGGUAUCACCAGACGUUCCGUUACCGGUUGGGCCUUCGGUAUAUCAGAGGAUGGGGCUUGGACACCCGGAGGAUUCAACGCCUCCCGCAUCACUUAAGCAGAGAAUCACAAGGGUAUUCAAAGUUGGUCAUAAGCGUGGUGAAUCUGAUUUAUCUCGCACUACGAAUACAACGGACGAUACUAUACAACGUGACACUAGCAGCAGCUAUCUACCAACGCCAUUAAAGGAAAAUAGCCCGAUGCAGCCGAAUAGGCCAAGUUUCUACGCAAGACAAUCUACUGGCCCAAUUCGUCCGAUCAGUCAAUUUGAUAAUGGGGGCGGUUCAAACAAAAGGAUUAUCAGCGGGGGUGAAGUGAGGGUUGAGAUUCUCCCGCAUUCAAGUUUAAUGGUGGGAGAUUCCAGCAGGCAUGGAUAUUCUCUUGAAGAAUCGCCGAAGGGGGGCAGGGACGAUAGUGACCGGUAUUAUAGAUACUACAGUCGUUCAACUAGGCUUGGCAAUCAAGAAUUAGGUGAGGAGGAAGAGGAGACCGAGUCUCGGGUUCUAAGUUCGGGAAUUGAAGAAAAUAACUACCUCCCACCAUUAAAUCGUUUUCAAGCAGCCCCACCACCAACACCGACACACCGCCGACAGACAGCUACCACAAUAGAAUCUGCAGGAAGUCAGGAGCGUAGAUACGUCGAAGAAUCAAUGGCAUUUGGCUUCGAAGGGUUCCAUAUUGGAAACGGAAGCGGCUUCAGCGACGGGACAUAUGCAGGCUUAUCCGGCCCAAGUAGCCCCACGUGCCCCAGCGGAACCAGUGUCUACGAGGGUAGUGGGAAAGCGAGCAGUAGUGUACUAAACUACAUGAACCAAAGUGAUCUGAACGCAUCCUCGAGAAAUGGGUCCAACAAAACGACUCUAACGAAUGGGAGAGGGAGUGGUGGUAUGAGCAGGCCAGUAAUGAGCAGGAAUGCAUCAUCCAAUUCCUAUUUUUCACCAGGGAUGUGUCGACUCUCGUCUGGAGUUGGAAGAUCAGGAAGCCCUCAGCUUGAUGAAGCAGUUAAUAGAGAACUGAAAAGAUUAAGCAAAAUCUCGGCUGGAAGCGGGGCUAGCGGAUUCGCCAUGGUUAUCACAGCAGAUGGGGCAACAUCUACAAGAUUUGACAGAGAUUUCAGUGAUGAGGAAAUGGAUGUUAUUGCAUCUGAGAGAAAGUAUACAAGGGAGGAGAAAGGCAAAGGAAAGGCAGUUCCUUCUUCUUCUAGUGAAAGCGUAGCUGGACGUAAGGAUGGCGAGUCUCACAAUGGAUACCAAGGAGCUGGACAUCAUCAUACCAUAAGUGAUGCGAGUAAAUUUAUUCGCAGUGAUGGCAGUGAGCACAGCAGUGAUAAUGGUGAUAGCGAUGGUAUAAGACUGUUGUCAGGGAUGGGUGGCUUUGGCGCAAGACGAAAGUUGAAGUCACAGGAGGUUCCUAAAGGAGUACUGGUUCACGAGGGGGACCCUAGAUAUGAAUUCGUCUAUCGUAUGCGUCAAACAUCCGAUGAGACUCCUAUCCUGGUUCCUCAGUACUUUUACCCAAGUGACGGAUUUCCAAAUCGUAAUGCUCUUACUACUCCAACCCGUUCAACAUUUUCACCCCUGUCUUCCAUCAAUACUAGCAAUGCGGGGGCUAUGCCUUUCGCUGGCCAAUAUGGCUCAUCUCCUAUUGCCAUGCCUAAAAAUGUCCUCACACGAGAUUCAAGUAGCUCCUUUUACAUGAGGAUGGGGGGUGACCAAGCCGUGGAUUCACGAAAUUGUUCCCCGCGAUCUCCACGUUUCCCCGAGUACGGAUCUAUGCCUGGUAGCCCUUUUGAAUCAAACACUCACUCUCCAAACGAGACAACCCCAAUUCAUCCUGCGCUGAGAAGCCCCGAACAGACACCGGUCCAUAAAGGGGGACGAAGACAAGAUAUUUCUACGGGAAAUCAGCAUGGAAUUGAAAUGGAUUUACUUGUCACUGGGACUCCCGGCGGCACCGGCAGAAGACUCGCAGGAAGUAGUUUGGCGGGCGGUAGCGAUACGAUGAGCAAUGACAGAUUAGGGGUCGAUACGCGCAAGCAAGUCCGUAUGAGCGGGAUUGAUGAAGUAAAUUUCAUACCCCCACUUCAAGACAGCACCACCAAUGCCUCCCGUAAGAAGGAGUCUAGGAGUUGGGCGUCACUAUACGGUACCAGAUUGCCUAGGAGGCCCAAAGACCUACGUAGGAGUAUGACACCGAGACUUUACGAUCCAAGGCGAAUCAGCGAUUCUUGGACAGAUAUUUCAAACGACGAUCCCGAGGCUAUGCGGGGUGAGUCCCAUAAUAGGACUUACAGGAUGCAGGAGAAGAGGCUUGGCAGAAUUAUUUUGGCUCUGUGUGUUCUAUUUCCGCCGUUACUCUUACUUGUGGCUAUCGGAUCCUUCGAUGCUAUGGUAGAUUCAUGGAGUAAUGGAGAGGUCAAAGGUGUUGGGAAAUCCGAGAAGAGAAUUGCUGCCAUUGUCGGCGGUGUGCUGGCCGUUAGUGCAGUCGUUGGGGGCGUGGUUGCGGCAAUAGUCGUGGCGAGCUAA